AUGGACGACGAGUCGCGACGAUCGAAUCGGGAGCUCUCUGUACUUGGAGAGGACCGAUGUGAAAACCGCGAUGUUCUCUUUAAACCGCUAAGGAAACAAGCUAUCGGUGCUCUCAAGCGAAAGAUGGAAGGGUUCGAGAAUCAAAUGGCAACAAUCCGCGCCAGACUUGAGGCAAGACGCGAAUUGACAUCUUCCGAGCGUACUGUUCACCUUCCUGUUGUGAAAUCCAGUCCAAAAAACACUGCGGCAACUACAGACCCUUCGUCGUCUACAGCUCGCAUGAAGUUCCCGCUACUACAACGUAUUGAAGGUACUCGCGUGGCAAACGCACCACCAAAAGAUCCGUUUCUCGAGGUGGAGAACGUGAUUCAUCGCACAGCCACGAGAGACAUUUACACUCGAGACGCAGAUACUGUGACCACCACGGAGUUAGCUGUUGCAUCUGCAACUAAAGAGGCGCAGCAAUUAAGCGAAGAAGCUCGGAAGCGGAUGGUAGCGUACUCACAAAAUGAAAAUGGCUGGCGGUUCGAGGAGCGCACGUCGAGGUAUCAAGAGGUGAUGAAUCUGAAGCAACAGGCUGAAAAAGCCCAGCAAGACGCAGACCGACAACGCGAAACAGCUCGACAGAUGAAGGCGUUGCUGCAAGAUCCGUACCGAGAACUACGAUCCACUCCUGUACCUAGAAACCUUUUGACGUUGUUGCCUUCGUCACCUUUCUGUACAAAGCAGCACGAAUGGAUAUGGGUCUUGGCUUCUCCGUCGACGAAGCUGACGUUCACACCUCGGAAUGAAACGACGGACACUGUGAUUAACAACGAAAAAGAACUCUCAAUGUUCGUUGUGUAUUAUAUUGCUGCGUCCGACGUCAAUACCAAACGUGUGGAGACUGAAGAGCAAUGGCAGCAUGCGUUGAAUAACGACAGUCCACCUACCACUGGCUGGAUAUGUUAUUCCGUGCAUGGCACACCUCCCGCUCCAGAGUUAACGUCAGUGAAGUCUGGAAUACAGACGUGGACGGUAACAGGAGCUGGUACUGGUCAUCUGAACGGAAAAUACGUCGCAAGUGGAGUUCACAAUCGAGUUCGGAAGUUCAAAUCAUCUGCAGGUGUGGAGCUCUUCCGGAAGUGCGUUCCGGUGGCUUCAUCCCUUGGGCAGACAUUAUACGGAGGCCAAUCAACACGACCUCAAUCAGCAAGGUCUAUGGAUAGCAUUACUAAGGAAGAGCACUGCACAAAGGAAGACAAGUCGAAGACGCACAUCUUGCCGAGUGGACUUGAAGCUAUCGAGAAGGACGAACUUGAUUUUAAGUCAAUGCAGCGAGUUGGAUCGUGGCUGAGUAUGAACGAAUCCAUUGAAAGAAACCGAAGAAUGUUGGCAACACGAGGCGCCGAUGACGAAUCCAACGUGAGAAUUGACGGUAGUAGCGUGAUGACUCAAGAAUCUCGAGUAGUUUCGGAUGACAGGGACCUGGUUGAGUCUCGACCUCAAGUGGAUGCACCUUUGUGUCGAGAAUGGGUGCUACUCUCACGGUGUUCUAGAAGAAAGAACAUGGCAACGAAUGAACCUGCCAAGAAAGGUAUCGGACUAGGAUGUUUACAGCGUCACUACUAUAUUUCAUUUGAGGAAAAACGAGAAAUGACCGUGUGGGUGCAGACCAAAGAGUCGUGGCUGGAGAAAAACGUGUUAGCAGUGAUCAUCGAGCGAGAAGCUCAGAUGGAACGCGUGCAUCAUCUGAGUCGCAAGUGUAUGAUUAAAUUCCAGCAAAACUUGCGAGCAGAAACGGAAAAAUCCAAGAUAAACCUCCUAGCAGAAUUGAACCGAGUCCGCUUUUUAACUGUUCGAGUUCUGGAAACUAUCGAUCGGUGGCGACAACACGCUCGGAAGAUUGGGUUUGCACGCUACGACAGCCAGCCAAGGAGGCAAAAUAACCCCACUACGACGUGUAGCGAGGCUCCAAGUCAACCAGAGACCGAGGCUCCACUGCUUGGAUGGUCAGCAUCUAUAACGUUAGACACGGGGAAGCAGCUAUAUAAGGGAACCAGUGCCUUCGUGUCGAAAGUUAAGCGGUUCCGUCGCAGUGAAGACAUCACUGGAAAACGUGAGCAACAUAUCGUGUACUUGGGAUAUUUCGAGACGCAAGAGGAAGCUGAACGUGCAUACGACGAACACGCGGCGUCGGAGGCUCGUCGACUGAACACCACAGUCGAACAUUUACCACACCGACGAAAUGUUUUCCGGUCAUGUGGCAAACAUUUUGCAGUGGAAAGUGAAAAGAACGGUCCGAGUUUCUGCAUCGAGUGCAAGACCAAACAACUGGCGUCGUUGUCUUCUGCUGCAGAUGAUUGGAUACCUCCGUUCUUCUACGGUACGGGGGUUAACUACAUCAUGAAGAUGGCAAACGAUCUGGAUUUUUUAGAUGAAGUCUUGCCACUUAAGACAGCGUUAAACAGUGGACGUGGUGGGGAUGACGACGCGUUUCCGAUGCACGGCAAUGUUUUCCUAUUACCCAAGACGCCCAUCCAGGAUCCAAAUCUCGCGGUGUUCACAACAUUCCCGACACCCACAGCUCCUCGUCUUGGUGCUACCGUCUCCGAUAUUAACGACAUCGAUGAAGAAGCUCUGGGUCGAGAUCGGAUUCUUAGGGCUCAGCAGAUUUUCUUGCAAGAGCUGCAGAUUUAUCAAUCAGAGAUGAUGGAUUCGAUUCCAAAACCCGGAGCUAGAGAUUCGUCGCUAACGACGUCUAAGCAAGAGUCUUCAGUCCCGCAGUAUCGACUGGUAGAAGCGUUAUAUUGGGAUCAUUGCGCUGCACUGAAGAUUCAGCAGGAGAGACCGCUACUAGCUUUGCGUCAGCCAAAUGUGUGGUGUCGUCCUGAUGCUGGCGAAUGGGCUGGCUUAGUGGUCCGAGGAACACAUCAACAACAUUUUUUGUUCGAAGAGAAGCUGGAGAAAUCCGGCAAAGAAAUGGUGCAAAAGCGACAACAAGUUCUAGCAGCUUUGCGCCAGCAGAACCAGGUUCCGCUUUAUUUUGUUCGCUCUCGUACACAUUUUACGGAGCUCAUUGCCGCAGGCCAACAGGUACGCGGAGAUGUGGUGCAACUGGAGGUCAACAAUGCUACCAAAAGACUGCGACGAUACGAUAUAUGGUGUACCAUGUCGCUGGUAGUACAGCGCUGGUUUCGAGGUGUUCUUGGCAGGCAGAGGGCACGAGCGACGAGGAGAGCGCUCCGCCUAGCAUGUAAAUUACGCGUAUUUUACUUCAACCAGGUGGCUGCCGUGGCAAACUCGUGUUAUGACACUGUACGCACAGCAGCGGUUCGUCGUGCGUACAAGAAAACCUGUACGCCAGUUUACUCGCGCGCAGUUGUGAUGGAUGGGGAGCCCGUGAUUGUAUCUUUCCACUCUCUUAGACAUUACCAGGUUGGCUACAACUUCGGUGGACGUGCUUCGACCACAAGGAAAUCCGUGUUGCCAUCCUCUUGUUGUACGAGCUGCGCGAGGAGAUUUCACGUUAAGGCGCAUUAUCAGGCUGGUGGAAACAAAUUUGCAGUAUAUCGUGGAGUUUGCACGUGUCAUUUGAACGGUGGGAGUAUCUUACCCGACGAAAUGAAGCGCGAGAGCUGGUUGAUUCGUGCGUACAGCUCGUCUCAUAACGUGAUUUAUCGACUCCGACUAGAAACAGCCCAGCUACAGCAGCUUUUGUCGUCACAAGCACUAUUCCCGUACUCUUCAUCACCUAGUUUUUGUCCACUUAUCCUGGACAUGGAGCUGAAACAACUAGAAGCAGCAACAGCCUCGCGCUACGCUACAUUUUGUGGUAAAAACGCAGAGACCGCAGCUACGAACCUUGCGAAUUGGAGACGAAUGAACAGUGAGGCGACGCAAAUACGAAAGUUUCUUUUAAUAACGCUGGAGAAAAGCUUAACGUUACUGGAUACUACCAAGCACGCUCACGUUGUUGCUGUAGGCAAUGCAAAGAAAGCGCUCGACUUUACGUCUCGUCCGUUCUCGGAAGCUCAAGCUUGGGAUCCACUCGAGAACGCCAACGAUUGGAGAUUUAUUGUUGAAAAACGACAGUUAACCAAACGGUUGGAAGACAUUUAUCAAGAAGUGGCGCGUCUUCGCGUCGCAUACUUCCAAGCCACAUACAACGAGCAAUACUCUCGAGCAGGAGCCGAUGAAGCGCAAGACCGAUUCAACCGUGUAUGGCUUCCUUUAGCAGAACGAGCAAAUCGAUGUAUGGAAGAAGCGCUUCUGUUAGAAACGUCGACUAGGACGCGCAUGGAAACUGUGAUGGAGCAGCUUUGCAGUCGCUUCUUGACGCUACGUGAUGGUUACUUGGCUCCAACUCGCCGAAAUCUCGUUAUCCAAAGUCCGUUAUGGAAUAAAUUGGCUCCGUUCCGGAUCGAUAUCCCUGGGCUUCGUCGAAGACUGAAUCACUUGCGAAGACGUACGUUAGUGCUAUCGAACUCAACGGAAGAGAAUACCAGAACUCGGCGUUUGGUAGUAACAGUCAGUAUGUCCCCAAUCGGUGAGCGAGGUAGCCAGGUUUCGCUCUCGACACGCGAUAUUUGGGUUACAGCAUACGAUCCCGUGGACUGUUCCGUGCAUAGUAUUUUUCUCGAAUGGGAACUCGUGCAGCUUCUGACUGGUUCAAGUGGGAGAAAAGAGUCGAGUCAAUCGAAGCGUAGCGCCUGGAAGUCGAUAGCGGAAAAGCUUUUAUCACUUGCUACGCUGGAUCGCUUUACUGGAGAGUUCACGCUGCUGAAACUAGAAUUUUACCAUACGUUACGUCAAUUGUCUCCGCAAUUUCUUUCCAGUCGAGUGAUGCGAGAUCUGCAACGAGGGCGUAAAUGUGGCCAAGGCGAUGAGAUUUUACGCCAAGCAGUGUCUGUCGAUGGGAGACUUUGUGUCGUGGUCGUGUAUGAAAACUGGGGAGAUCUAACCUUCGCCAUCUACCACUCAAAAAGUGGCGACUUCUUUCGGUUGGUUAUGUCUCUCAGCGAGGUAUUUGAUAUCCUAAGCAAGAAGCCUCUAAUGCUUCGGCUCUGGGUCUGUUGUGUCAAGUCGAAUUCCUACUCGUCAACACUUUUAGUUUAUCUGCUGAAGCACGUCAGAUUCUCCCAGCUCGAAGAUGGAUCUGAGGAUAUACGCAUAGAUCACGCACUCCCGGCACAACAGCGCUCGAAACGUUAUCAAACGGUUAUCCGGAUGCAAAAGCGACAGGUUCUUGUUAGUAUUGUUGAGGACAGCGCUGGAGAUUUCCAGAUUUCCGGAUACGAUAUGAGCAGUGAACUUACGUACAAACUUUUACUGGAGCGCGAAGCACUUCGUCGCGCUCUUAAAACCAGCUCUCUACCCGAUUUAUCGCAGUUAAAAGCCAAUCUCGCCACGUCUUCGUCUUCGCUGCUACUUCGUCGCAAUAGAACCUUACUCUACGAAUGGAUUUGUAGCCGUUUACGCUUCCAGAGUUUGCUGGAACAUCCUGAAAUGGUCACAUCUGGAACUUCCCCUUUACUGUUUGGUCUCCAUUUACGAGAAAGCUUCCGAAUUUUGAAUCGGUGGAUUGAAACUAGUCCUCGCAAUCCGAUUCGUGCCGUCCCUGAGGAUGAAAUAACCCGUAGAGCGUCUAUGAUUGACGUAGCUGUCUUUUCAAGUUUGCAAUUCGAUCAACUAACACUGAUGGCGGAUCCUCGUCUUCCCUUUCAGCUUGACAAUGAAUUUAUUGGAACGAUGGACUGGAUUGAAGCUGUUGCAGGAGCAUCGUCUUCUUCUCAAACAUGGAGAAAACAGCUUCCGUUUAUGCGAAUAGAUUUCUUCACAAAAGCACACAAGUUGUUCGGACGUGUACACACGGGCAGGAAUGGAGAAAGAGGAUCGCGACGCCCUUUGCCUUGA